AUAGUCUUACAUUACACCAUUCUUUAGAGUUAUCCAUCUCUUUCUCACACUAUAUAGCUUUUAGAUAAGAGAAAAACGAAGUAUUAAUAUAAACUUGCGAAAGAAGUUCAACGCGCGCGAAAUAUGACAAAUAAGGACAACAUAGAUCCUGACUCAACCUGCUUAUCAUUAUUUUUUGUUCACUCCUGAGUCACUAAAUCACACCCUGAAUAUCUAUAUGUAAAUAUUGAAAAAUAGGAUGUCUCCCGUUAUCUUUUCCUCUUUCACUAUAGAUCAAUCAGAAAAUUUAUUUUUUUUGUCAGAUAUAAGAAGUUUAUUUUUAUUUCUUUUACCUGCAACUGUCUGCAAUGAUAACUGAAUGUCUAAUAUGUUGAUAAUGAAUGUUUAUUAUUUUAAUUGUAUCAAAAUUACUGUCAAUGCUAUGAAAUUAUAAAUUGUUAUACGAUUAAGAUAAGUGUUUUCAAAUAAUCACACCAGUACAAUUUUUAUCGAAUCAAGAUAUAAGAUGUUACUGCAGAGGCUUUAUCGUGUUACUACAAACUAUAGAAUUUUACAAAGAAUUGUAAAUAAAAAUAUUUAUUCAGUGCAUCAGAAGGAAAGUGGUAUACAAACUAUCAAGAAGCUAUGGAUGAUGUCACCAUUCAUCACAAUGGGAAUGUGGGGAUUCAUAAAGAGCAAAGAUGUGGCUGAAACACAAAUUACAGCAAAAGAGGUUCUUCUUGCUAAAGUAGAUGCACUCUUUGAUCAAGGAGACUAUAAAAGUAUAUACAAUCUUUUGUCAAAAUAUAAGGAUAGUAAGGAUGUUGAUAUCUUGUGGCGUUUAUGCAGAGCCAUUUAUAAACUGUCUGAAAUGGCCAGCGAUGUUGAAGCACGGAAGUUAAUUUAUGAAGGAUAUGAUUUGAUAUGUAAAGCCCUCGAUAUUCAAGAAGAUCAUUAUGCUGUUCAUAAAUGGAUGUCUAUAUUCCUUAAUAGUAAGGGCACUUUAGAAGGCACAAAAGCACAUAUUAAAGAAUUGUACAACAUUAAAAAACAUUUGCUAAGGGCAUCAGAAUUAAAACCUACUGAUGCAACGACACUUUAUAUGCUUGGAUGCUGGUGUUAUGAGAUUUCAAGUUUAGCAUGGUAUCAACGAAAGAUAAUAUCUGUUGUAUUUGAAGAUCCGCCAACUUCGUCUUUUGAAGAAGCAUUGAUGUAUCAUGAAAAUGCUGAGAAAGUUGAUCCAAGCUUUUACAGUCGUAAUUUAUUAAUGUUAGGGAAAAUAUAUCUCAAACUAAAUCGUAAGGAAGAUGCACUAAAAUAUUUGAAGAAGGCUGCUGAAUUUUCUGCCAAAACUGAUGACGAUCAGAAAGCGAAACAAGAAGCGCAGAAAAUAUUGAGCAGUAUUUAAAGACAUAGAGAAUACAGUUAUUGAAAAAGUACAUUUCAAUAUUUUUAUACUAAUUUUCAAGUGCAAAAUAAUACAUGACUUGAAUUUUGAUACAUUGAAUAUUAUUAUUAUUUGAGAGAGAAUAAAAUUUAUAUAUUAUGUAUAUAUUAUUUUCAUAAAAUAUUGUUGAUACUAUGCAUGAUGUAAUUAUAUGCAUAUGUAAUAUA